UGGGCGUUGCUCAGUUGCUGAUUCACUCCAGAGCUUGGGGUAUAGGUUCCUGAAAGAUCAGCAGGGACCUGUCAGUGUUUUGGUUAAAAGGAUCAGAAAGAGAAGGACUUUAGAGGGGCUGAUGUUACCUCUCAUCACUGUUUUAACGGUGAAGCACAGCGAUGCUCGGACUCACUCUCUGAGAUAUUUUCGCCUGGGCAUUUCGGAUCCUGGCCAUGAGAUGCCUGAAUUUAUUUCAGUUGGGUACGUGGAUUCUUACCCCAUCACCACGUAUGACAGUGUCUCUCGGCAGAAGGAGCCGCGGGCCCCGUGGAUGGCGGAGAACCUGGAGCCCGAUCACUGGGAGAGGUAUACGCAGCUGCUGCGGGGCUGGCAGCAGACGUUCAAGGCGGAACUGAAGCAGCUGCAGCGUCACUACAAUCACUCAGGGCUUCACACUUACCAGAGAAUGAUUGGCUGUGAGUUGCUGGAGGAUGGGAGCACCACAGGAUUUCUCCAAUAUGCAUAUGAUGGGCAGGAUUUCAUUAUCUUCAACAAAGAUACGCUCUCCUGGAUGGCUGUGGAUAAUGUGGCUCACAUCACCAAGCAGGCAUGGGAGGCCAAUUGGCAUGAGUUACAGUAUCAGAAGAACUGGCUGGAACAAGAAUGUGUUGCCUGGUUAAGGAGAUUUCUGGAGUACGGGAAAGAUACCCUACAAAGGACAGAACCCCCACUGGUUAGAGUCUAUCACAAAGAAACUGUUCCAGGGAUCACAACUCUUUACUGCAGAGCUCAUGGAUUUUACCCCCCAGAAAUUUCCAUGACAUGGAUGAAAAACGAGGAAGAAAUGGUCCAAGAAAUGGAUUAUGGAGACAUUCUUCCCAGUGGGGAUGGGACCUAUCAGACAUGGGUGUCAGUUGAGCUGGAUUCUCAGAGCAGCGACGUGUACUCGUGUCACGUGAAGCACUGCGGGGUCCACACGGUUCUUCAGGGUGCCCGGGAAUUGGAAACUAUGCUUCUGGUGCUGAAAGCUGGUGCUGGAUUCAUUGUCCCAGCCAUUGCCCUGGCUGGAGUUGGCAUUCUGGCCUGGAGAAGGAGGCCCCGAGAGCAAAAUGGAAUCAUCUACCUUCCUACACCAGCUCACGAUGGGAGAUAGCUGUUUUCCAGUUGCCUUUCCUCUAGGAAGCAUGGUCUCCUCUGUUCCUUGUGGACUCAAAUCCAGCACGCAAAGCCCUGGACCACACCCAUCACAGACAUGGACAUACCAGACAUUAUAGGAUUGAGUGUUCAGGACAGAGAGGAACCAUGAAAUUCUGUUCCUUAGCUCUAAAAGGACUGUGAGCUAUCAAGAUCUUCUGAUGGGCUCCUUUAUCACGUUUCCUCUAGCCAUGGCUUGUCUCAUGACCCAGCACUUCCUUACAUCCCAUUUGUCAUCAGUGGUUUUCAGGUGGAUUAGAGAAUCUCAGGGCUAGGAGAAACCUUCAAUCCAGGGUUGGAAAUGUCUUCUCCAGUACCUCUGACUCGAGCAUCCAGCCUCCACCUGAAUUCCACCAGUGAAGGGCCCCUCAUUACAUCAUAAAAUGGCCUUUGUCCUCUUUCAUGAGAGUGUUUACUAUAGAAGAGCUUGUGGGUACCAUGACUGUGACCCUAUAGACAGGCUGGACCAUCCCAGGAGAGCAGCCAGAGAGUUUUUGCAAUGGCCUGUGAGUAAUGGGAUUUAUACCUCUCCUGGCCCAAGAGAAAGCCAAAGUGCCCUGUUCUUUUUUUUUUUUUUGGUCUUUUAGCUAUUUCUUGGGCCGCUCCCGCGGCAUAUGGAGUUUCCCAGGCUAGGGGUCUAACCAGAGCUGUAGCUGCCAGCCUAUGCCAGAGCCACAGCAACUCGGGAUCCGAGCCGCAUCUGCAACCUACACCACAGCUCACGGCAACGCCGGAUCGUUAACCCACUGAGCAAGGGCAGGGACCGAACCCGCAACCUCAUGGUUCCUAGUCGGAUUCGUUAACCACUGCGCCACGACGGGAACUCCCAAAGUGCCCUGUUCUUAUGGCAGCUCUGCCUGGUAGCUUGGCAUCUUGGAAAUAUACCUGGGCUUAUCUGUGGAGGUGCUCUCAUUCUUCCUAUCUUUAGUGGAAAAGUGAGAACAAUAAUGAUCAGGCAAUUACCUUCAGUGGAACUGAACUACAUAGACUUGAACCCAAUUGAAAUCUUUUAUUUAAAACAAUUUUUGUCAAUUACAAUCUUUUUUUUUUUUUUUAAAAGGCUGCACUCACAGCAUAUGUUAAGUUCCCAGUCCAGGGAAUGAAUCCAAGCCACAGCUGUGACCUACGCCACAGUUGAGGCAAUGCUGGAUCCUUCAGCCCACUGUGCCAGGCUGGGGAUGGAACCCACAACUCCACAGCGACCCAACCUGCUGCAGUCAGAUUCUUAAACCCACUGUACAUGAUGAGAACUCCACCAACUGCAGUCUUUUAAUGUACAAAUGAGAGUAUGUUUAUGUCUAAGAAGAGGGUUCAAGUCUAAUUUCUGUCCUUCCUUUACUGGCUUAUUGUAGAUGGACCCCAAUCACCUUUAUCCAUGUGCUCUUUCUCCAUAUAUCUGCCCUGCGAAUAAAUAAAAGCCCCGCUGUGAGAAUUAACACCGCCUUGAUCCUCCUUAUUCUUCCCAACCCUCUAAAAUCCCUGCCAUCAUUUACCUCUUGUCCUGCCCUGUGUAGCUGCUGGUCCUGGGGUUGACCAUCAGUUACACACUCAUCUGUCCCACUUCAAUGACCCUGUCUGACCACACAUAUCAGCUCUGAUACUUAUUUCAGUGGCCCCAACUUUGACAACUGACUUUGAACAUGUAUAUCAGGCUUGAACUUUGCUCUCCCUGGUCUCUGACCUUUACCCUCUGGCCUUAAUCAUCAUAGCCAUGGGUACAGGCACACUCAGCAUGCCAGGGCUAUUCCUUGCUCCAUGUCCCCACCUCCUUCCAUGGAUGAAGCCCCCAUUGUACAUCUCUUACCCAGUACCAGCUGAGUUGCCAGAGAGCACAGUUGAUUUAUUUUGCUUUUAGGGCUGCCAUGCAAUUUCCAUACCGUCUUUGAGGCAGUGCUGCACUGUAAAGACAGCAGCUUUAUUUUGGGAAUGGUUUCUUAGGGUUAGAAGAAUCGAGACAAUAUAUUUUUGGAUGGACAGUGACUCAGGUGAGGUAUCGCUGAAAAUGUCUCUCCAUCUACCUGAUCCUCUCAUCAAAGUUGUGAAUAGUCAAAACCUUUUUGGGUUCCCAGGGCCUACACUUAACACAUAAUAAAAAUGUCCACACGGGGAGUUCCUGUCGUGGCGCAGCAGAAACAAAUCCAACUAGGAACUAUGAGGUUGUGGGUUUGAUCCCUGGCCUCGCUCAGUGGGUUAAGUACCCGGUGUUGCUGGGAGCUGUGGUGUAGGUCGCAGACACGGCUUGGAUCUGGUGUUGCUGUGGUGUAGGCUGGUGGCUACAGCUCCGACUGGAUCCCUAGCCUGUAAACCUCCAUGUGUCGCGGGGGAAGCCCUAAAAGACAAUUAAAAAAAAAAAAAAAAGUACACAUGAUGGAGAGGAGUUUUUGCAGGAUUUUUGUUUUUUCCUUGGGGAUUUUAUAAUAAAAAGAGAAUUAUACGAAUAUAAUAAUAAAGGGAAGAUUUUUCAAUAAUACCUAAAAUUUUGCAACCUUCAUGUUACGAGUGGCUCAAGAUUACAUUAUUUCCUAAGAUGUUUAGACUUACUGUUCCAUUGACUCAUGUUUGUUGAUUACAGGGGCUCAGUCAUUGGAAUCUAUGAAGUAUUUGAUAACAAUCUAAACAAUAAAAACCAAGAACCAUGCUAUCAUCACAA